AUGAAGUUGGGAUCCAUUGCCGCUGCUAUAGUAUUGUGCGUAAUCUCAUUUAGUGAAGGGGCUCCUCACAAACCAACAAUUAAAAGCUCUCAGCGCAUUCCCGGCCUUGAGAAGAUCAAGCAUGUUGUUUAUUUUAUGCAGGAAAAUCGUUCGUUCGAUAUGUAUUAUGGUACCAUGUACGGUGUCCGUGGGUUCCAAGAUCCUAACGUUGGCAUUCAGGACAACGGUCUCAGCCUUUUUUACCAGCCAUGCUCUGCUAGCCCUGAUAUCAAGAAUGGUACCAAGUAUCUCUUACCCUAUCAAUUGAAGGGAGCACGCGCUGGCUGCACCGCUGGUGGCUCUAACGGGUGGCCUGCAAACCACAAAGCACUAAACGGUUACAAGAACAAUAACUGGCCAGACGGCAACUCUCCCCGAUCGAUGGGCUAUCUUAAUCGAUCACAAAUUCCCUUCCUGUAUAAACUUGCCGAUGAAUUCACCAUUGCUGACAUGUACUUCCAAUCUGUCACUGGCCCUACUGACCCUAACCGUGUCGUCUGGAUGUCUGGAACAAACCGUGGAGAUCCCAAUGAUAUGGUUCUCGAGGAUAACACAGAAUCGACUCCUCUGGGCUGGUCGACCUAUCCAGAAGCAUUGACCAAAGCCAACAUCACUUGGCAGCUCUAUCAAGAUAAGGACAACUUUGAUGAUAACCCACUUGCCUGGUUCAAGUACUGGCAAGACCUCCCUAAUGGUCCCGAAAAGCAAAAAGGUCUCGGAUUCCUUGGUCUCCAAGCUUUCUAUGAUGCGGCAGCAAAGGGCACACUUCCUCAGUUCAGUAUCAUCGUCGGCCCUAUGGAACUCUCUGAGCAUCCAGAGAACACGCCCGAGGCUGGUUCUUGGCUUCAACAGCAGGUUGUCAAUGCGGUGAUGAACGGUAAAAAUUGGAACGAGACGGCUCUGUUUAUCAAUUAUGAUGAGUCUGGAGGAUACUUUGACCAUGUGAUUCCACCUCAAGAGCCUCAGAGCGACUGGGUAAAGGAUAAGUUUACUGGAGGUAAAUCACCCAUUGGCUACGGACCUCGUGUACCUAUGGUCGUCAUCUCGCCUUACACCCGUGGUGGCAAUGUCUUUAGUGAAGUAUCCGAUCACAGGUCCACUCUGAUGUUUAUGGAAGAAUGGGUUGGUAAAGACGAGAAGGGUAACUAUUUAGCUCCUGCUGUUCAUGUCUCUCAGUUUGCUCGUAAAACCUCUUCCAAUCUUGUCAACGUCUUUGACUUUGACCAUCCAGAUUUCUCCAUUCCCAAGUUUGACCCUCUUCCAAAGCCUGCUCAAGUCUUUGGCAAGUGGUCCCCAACAGAAAUGUGUGAAUUAAAGAUAACAGCUCCCAAGACAACUCCUCCUUAUGGCAAGCAGGUCUUCCCUACCGUAGAAGCAGGUUCGCGUCGUAUUCGAGGUGCCAUCACUGAAGGUCGUAAACUCUCAUUCCGAGUCAACGGUACCGUUCUUCGAUUGUCUGAUGAUAAAAAAUCGCUCCAAUCAAAGAAAAUCGCCAAAUCGUCUUCUGGGAAGAACACCGAUGAGGUUCAUGCUCUGGAUACGCAAAACCUCUUCCAAUUGAUUGGCACAGGCACCCAUUCUCAAUACAAGCUUCAGUCUGUUCACGAUUCUCAGCUCUGUCUUAACGUCUGGGGAAGUACUCUAACAUUAGGCGAAUGUAAGGGUACCUCUUGGUACUUUGAACAAACCAAAGGCGGUCAUUUUAUUCGUGAUGUUGGAACCGACAGUUAUUUGUCUGUCAAGGACAAGGUCAAUCUCUCUUCAUCCUCUCAAACAGUGUUUGAAGUUUAUUCUGUUACAGUCUAA